AAUCGGUACAAGAUGGCGGAGGGGGACGAGGCAGCGCGGAGGCAGGAGCUGCAGCCAGGGCUGCGGCGCCGUCGGCGGACCAGCGACCCAAGCACCCGGGUUAACCACGUCUCGUCCACGACCUCCUUAGGUGAGAAUUAUGAAGAUGAUGAGCUAGUAAACUCUAAUGAGGUUAUGAAGAAACCAUGUCCAGUACAGAUUGUUCUUGCUCAUGAAGAUGACCAUAACUUUGAGCUUGAUGAAGAAGCUUUGGAGCAGAUAUUACUACAGGAGCACAUACGAGAUCUUAAUAUAGUAGUGGUAUCCGUGGCAGGAGCUUUUCGUAAAGGGAAAUCAUUUCUACUGGACUUCAUGCUUAGAUAUAUGUAUAACAAGGAUUCCCAGAGUUGGAUUGGUGGAAACAAUGAACCAUUGACUGGCUUUACAUGGCGAGGUGGUUGCGAGAGAGAAACAACUGGCAUACAAGUUUGGAGUGAAGUUUUUGUAAUUGACAGACCUAACGGAACAAAAGUGGCUGUGCUGCUAAUGGAUACCCAGGGUGCCUUUGAUAGCCAGUCAACUAUCAAAGACUGUGCAACUGUGUUUGCUCUGAGCACUAUGACCAGCUCUGUCCAGGUAUAUAAUUUGUCUCAGAAUAUUCAAGAAGAUGAUCUUCAACACUUGCAAUUAUUUACAGAGUAUGGCAGGCUUGCAAUGGAAGAGAUCUACCAGAAACCGUUUCAGACAUUAAUGUUUUUGAUUCGAGAUUGGAGUUAUCCUUAUGAACAUUCAUAUGGUUUGGAAGGUGGAAAACAAUUCCUUGAAAAGAGAUUGCAGGUGAAACAAAAUCAACAUGAAGAGCUACAGAAUGUAAGGAAGCACAUUCACAAUUGUUUCUCAAAUCUUGGUUGCUUCCUUUUGCCACAUCCUGGUCUUAAAGUUGCAACUAAUCCUAGUUUUGAUGGGAGAUUGAAAGAUAUUGAUGAAGACUUUAAACGAGAGCUUCGAAAUCUGGUUCCAUUGCUGCUUGCCCCUGAAAAUUUGGUAGAAAAAGAAAUAAGUGGCUCUAAAGUUACUUGUAGAGAUCUUGUAGAAUACUUUAAGGCUUACAUUAAAAUUUAUCAAGGAGAGGAACUUCCACAUCCAAAGUCCAUGCUUCAGGCAACAGCUGAAGCUAAUAAUCUUGCUGCAGUUGCAGGAGCAAGAGAUACCUAUUGCAAAAGUAUGGAACAGGUAUGUGGUGGGGACAAGCCUUACAUUGCACCUUCGGAUCUGGAGCGAAAACACCUGGAUCUCAAGGAAGUGGCGAUUAAACAGUUUCGUUCUGUAAAAAAAAUGGGUGGAGAUGAGUUCUGCCGUCGUUAUCAGGACCAGCUUGAGGCUGAAAUUGAAGAAACCUAUGCAAAUUUUAUAAAGCACAAUGAUGGCAAAAAUAUCUUCUAUGCUGCUCGUACUCCUGCCACACUGUUUGCAGUCAUGUUUGCUAUGUAUAUAAUCUCAGGACUGACUGGCUUCAUUGGGCUAAACUCUAUAGCCGUACUGUGUAACCUUGUCAUGGGGUUAGCACUGACAUCUCUUUGUACUUGGGCAUAUGUUAAAUACUCUGGGGAAUUCAGAGAAAUUGGAACAAUGAUUGAUCAGAUUGCUGAAACACUGUGGGAACAGGUAUUGAAGCCCCUGGGUGAUAAUUUGAUGGAGGAAAACAUAAGGCAGUCUGUAACAAACUCUAUCAAAGCAGGCCUGACUGACCAGGUGUCUCAUCAUGCCAGAUUAAAGACAGACUGACAGUUCAUCUCCUCCUGGACUCCACUCUCCCUUUUUUUCAUGCUUGCUGUACAAAUGAGAACUCAAAUAAAAAUAAACCAAAGUUUACAAUCAACUGUAGAAGUAGUUUAGUAUAACUGGCUUCACAGAUGGCUGCCACAGAGUGUGAAAAUUGUUUGUUGGUUUUAAGCAUUCUUUUCAUUGGCUCCUAAGCUGUGGAGAUUGGCUGAGGAGCAUUAUUAGUUUAUCAUGCACAUUUGUGCCAUGUUUAAUUCUUUUUUUCUUCUUUUUACUUAAUCUAAUGUUAGUGAAAUUUGUCCUAUGUAAAAGGAUAUUCCAGGGAAAUAUUUUAAGAAAUCUAUUUAGAGUUUCUAAGAGUGUCCCACUGAAAUUUUAAUUUUUAGAGAAGUUAUGAAUCACUGUACCAAGAAUCAGAUUGGAAUGACAAUGAAGCCUUUAUUGAGCCACUACAUUAAAAGUAUAUAUUGCUUUAUUGCCUUCAAUAUCAGUAUUACAUAAAUGCAUGUAUCAGAAACUUCACAGAAAUUACAUGACAACUAAGAAAGUGAUUCUGGGGUGUACAUUUGUCUUGCCUUUUAAAAUUUAUAAACCUGCCCUAAAAAGAGAUGCAUAUCUGGGAAACUGAACUGUCUUUUUUUGCAGUUUAGCCUUCAUGUACAUAAAAUAUGCCAUUAAUUUUAUUGGGGGAUGAAUUCCAUCCUAACAAUGUUGCCUACAGCUAUGAGUUACGAGUGUCUGUACAGUGUGUAGCUUUUAUUUUCUAAAAUCACAGAUAGGGCAUGUAUAUGAAUUAUAAAUAUAUAAAUACGAUUUUGUAUGAAAAGUUUUGUAGUUUAUGGCAAAAUCUGGUUCAGUGGUAGGCUAAUAAGUACAGUCCCUGUGAAGGAAUGUUUGUGGCUCAUGUCAGUGUGUGAAUGCAUAGACAAUUUGAAGUUUUUGAUAAAUUUGUGAUAUUUAUCUUCCUUGAGCACUGCAGUCUCACCCACCCCCUCCCUCACUCCCCAUCCCUCUGCCAAGGGAGUUCAUUGGGAAUGUUUGUUGUGAAACUUUGUCCUCUGUUGCAUUUUAAAGUUAUUUCCUGUAAUUUAUUUUCAGUACAUAAUUAAAAUUUGUUGUAUAUAUAAAGUGAAACUUGUGAUUCUUUUUUAAGGAUUCUUCAAGUGUGUAUUCUACUACAUAAACCAUAUUUGUUUACACUGAAAAGAGCAUGAGCAGGAAAACACCCAAGUGAGAGCUCUAAGGUACUGUGCCUCAAAGCUAAGCUUGUGAAAAGAUAUUUUUCUGUGUCUGUCUUUGUUAGGAAAAACUUGUGAAUAGCCUAGGUGUAUCUGGGGAUUUGUUAAUUUCGUUUCUCUCUCUCUCUCUCAAUUCGGUAUAGUAAGGCUAACAUUUUUGCAGUAUUUUUGUAGCUUUCUUUAUGAACAUCCAGUUUGGUUUUUAAGUGAAGAAACUUCAGAUGUUGAGUUGCAUGCAUGAAAGCUCUAAAUUUACUUUGGUUGAUAGCUCUUUUUCCCUUCUUCAAAUCCUGUUUUUAUAUGGAUUGUAUUGUUUCAUCUGUAUUAAAUUGCUACCAAACUCAUCUGUUUUUAAACAUAAAGAAUCCACCUGAAAAUUGUCUCUUUUUAUUUUUCCUGCCACCUUGUUUUAUGAAUGUUAUGGACUGUUUAUGAAUGAAAAAAUAAAAAGUUUAAGUAUAAUAGUACUUUUGAAAUUAAAGCUUAUAUAGCUUAACUUAAAGAAAAAAAAAAAAAGUUGUAAAAUCUAGAACAUUGGAUUUCUUAGUAUUUCUUGUUGGAGUGUUUUCCCCAAAGAAGAUAAUAAUUCUCUAAAGGAUGCCAGGA